AUCGGAUCUGGUGGCGCUUGUCAAUUACGUGCAGUGAUUCCUACGUAGACAACUACACUCGCGAGCAGUAGUCGUGAUGUCAACACUGUGAGCAUGAUGUAAGAAACAGACAGCUAAGCAUAAGAAGGGCCGUCUGCUAGCACUAUUCUAUCCGAUCAAACUAUAUCUACAGAACAAAAAAUCAUGUCUGCACAAGCUGAACCCGUUACACAAGGCCGUACAACCGCCUCAGACCCACAGGCCGGCGCCGAUGCCCCCAUCCCCGUUGUUCAAGAUGACGAGGUAGUCAACUCUCUCGACGAUACGUCUGAUGUCGCCAAGCCUGAUGAAGCGCAGUUGGAGCAAGAUGACAAGGAUGCUAUUGAUGAGAGCAACAUCAUCAGCGAUGAGUCGGAGGUGGGCAAGCGUGAUGCUAGCAAGGAUGUCUCUUAUGUAGAGAAGGAUGAGGAUGAUUUCACUGAGGAAACCUCUGGUGCCUCUCGUGGUGCCCAGCAGUAAAUCGACCCAAAACGGCGGAAGGUCUUGAUGAUUCUGAAGAGUCGAGAUUGGUCGUUCUUAAAGCUGUCUACUCGGUAAGGCUUCUUGGUAAACAC